CUCUCAAACAUAUAUUGCCAAACCACAUAUCACUGCACAAUGGGAUCCAUACCUGUCAGCUCUCAUUCACCUCGAAAACAGACUGCUGGAAGAUCAUGGGCGGCGGCCUAUGCAGCUAGAGCCAUUCGGUCCCAGAUUGCAAAUAUUCAAAAUAAGAUUGACUUGAUACCUUCUGCAAACCCGAACAAAAUUGCUUCCAUCGCCAACACCAUCCCUACCGCGACCGCACCCACAAAGAAUCGAAAGUUCAAAGUGGGUAUCGUGGGCGCAGGCAGUGCUGGCCUAUUUACGGCAAUGCUCUUCGACCAUCUGAAGAAAGAGUUCCAUCUGGAUGUGGAUUACGAGAUCCUGGAAAGGAACGGACAAGAUCGCAUCGGCGGUCGUCUUUACACGUAUCAUUUUCCUGGCGGUGAUGAACACCAUUAUUUUGAUGUUGGGGCCAUGCGUUUCCCGAAGAUUGCAAUCAUGGAUCGUACAUAUGCUCUUUUCGACCAACUCGGUAUGGAAUACUGUGACCAGGGUGUGAAAGGCGAUCCGACGAAGGGAAGCAAGGGGCCAUCAAAAGGCAAGAAGCCAACCAAAGGACAGCUGAUCAGAUAUUAUCUCCAAGGACCAAACGAGGUAUCUCGCUUCAACGGUGUAUAUGUCAAAAAUCCCAAAGACGUCACAGCUCAAACGUUUCAAAUUACGGGCCUAGAGGAAGAUGUGGCCAAACAGGUUGCAGACGACAUUCUCGCCAAUGCUAUUCGCGUUUUCACGGAUGUCUAUUACAGGAAGGAACCGGGAGGUCCUGAGGCAUUCUGGAAGCUUCUCUUGAAAGAGGGAGACACUCACAGUGCACGUCAGUUUCUGACACAUCGAGCGCUUCCUCCAUGCGAGCAUGCCACCAUUGAUUUCUUGGAAACCCUCAAAUAUGGGAAUGGUUGGUACAACCAAGCUUUCACGGAGAUGGUUCUUCAAUCCCUGGAUCACGAGUCGCAAGAAGAACAUGUGGAAUGGUGGUGUGUCGAAGGUGGAGCGCAGGAAAUCGCAAAGAAUAUGGCCGAAAGUCUGGAGCAGAAAGAAAAAGUCAAAUUCAACAAGACCGUCACUAGCAUGUCGUAUGUUGACGAAGAUAAGGAUGGACACCUGACAGGUGCUUUCGACAAAGUUUCCGUUACUUAUCACGAAAAAGAGGGAAAUAAAGAGGGACAGAAAACGAACGUCUACGAUGCUGUCUUCAACUCGGUUCCGCUUGGGGCUAUGGAGCAGAUGGAUCUUGAAGGACUCAAUCUGAACUGGGGUACGAAGCAAGCGAUCCGUAACCUAGGAUAUGGUGCCGCAAGCAAAGUUGGGAUUCGAUUCAAGACAAUGUGGUGGAUGAAGGACGGCUUCAACAUCUACUCCGGAGGAAUCUCCAAAACAGAUAUGCCACUUCGAUGGUGUGUCUAUCCUUCAUACAACCUCUAUGAUGAUCCAAACAAACCAGCGGUUUUGCUUGCAUCGUACACAUGGGGUCAGGAGGGUGACCGUAUCGGUUCGCUUAUUAAUAGCGCAUCGCCUGAUAACGAAGAUGAGCUGAAGAGACUUCUUAUUCACGACCUGGCUCGCCUUCACACAGAAGACGAAGAGUCCUUCAGAAAACUCCAACAGAAGCUUGAAGAAGAGUACAUAGACCACUAUGCGUAUGAUUGGUCAGCACACCCUAGCUCAAUGGGAGCAAUUGCGUACUUCGGACCUGGUCAAUUCAACACAAUGUAUCAAUGGAUUACUCGAAGCAAUGGAAAAAUGAUGAUCAUCGGAGAAGCUGCAUCUACCCACCACGCCUGGGUUGUUGGAGCACUUGAUAGUGCUGUAAGGGGUGUUUAUCAAUUUCUUUACAAGCAUUCAGACACGGACAAAGCCUGCAAAGAAGCGGCUGAAGCCUUCGCUCAAGAGUGGACCCCCGAGAACAACAACAAGUUACCAGCUCCGUUUGGCCCUCUUCCUGGCGAGUACAAUCGUUCCGAAGAUGUGGAAUACAUCUCUCGUGAUAAAUUGAAGGAGUCUGUGGGUGAUUUGAGUGGGAAGAACGCUUCCACCAAAUCAAUGAAGGCAUCGCCAAUUGGCGAGCUUGCACGACAUCAGGUUUGGAUUGAGACUCUCCGAGUUGAGACUCAAAAAAAUCAAGAUAGGCUUCAAGAAGAUGAGAUUACCAAAGAGCAGCUACUUCCUCUCUUGCAAGCAAAGGUUUGA